CAGCAAAGUGUGACGAUAUCAGACAGAAAAACACACUACAGCCAUGGGAGCAGGAGCCGUGACAUGUUUGAUGUUUGUAGUUGUUGUUCUGAAUGCAAUCGCUGCUGCAGCAGGACUGGCAUUAUUCGCAGUGGCCAUUUGGGUAGCAGUGGACGGGUAUAAACUCUACCCCAUAUCUGGUGUGUCGGGAAAAGAUGACAUCUUUGCUGCGGCCUGGAUUGCCAUUUUUACAGGCUUUGCCUUCUUCCUCACAUGCAUCUUUGGCAUCUUUGCUGCCCUGAAAAGGAGCCGUGCACUCAUGCUGGUGUACCUUAUCAUAAUGUUCAUCAUCUUUCUGUUUGAAUGCGCAUCUGCCAUCACAGCAGCAACCAACCGGGAUUAUCUGGUUGGGAACAGUAACUUUGUAAAGAAACAAAUGCUUCAAUAUUAUGGGCAAGACAGCACACAGGGAAAGCAGAUUACACAGACAUGGAACAGAGUGAUGGAACAGGUCGAGUGCUGUGGAGCAGACAGUCCUGAGGACUGGAUACUGUAUAACUCCACCUUGAAACAGACAUAUCCUACAUACAACUGGCCCCUCAGCUGCUGCAAGAGACUGAGUACUUUUGAGUUGCAAGAUCCAGCAGGCUGCAAGGUUGGCCUGACCAGCACCUUAUUCACAAAGGGUUGCUUCAACUAUAUUGAAUCGGUGUUAAGCCGUUACACCUGGGCUGUGAGCUGGUACGGUUUCUCAGUUCUCAUGUUAGUGUUUUUCACAUUAGUGAUCACUAUGAUCUACUUCAUGCAGCUGGAAUAACUACGGACUCCGCAUGAUACGUCUGCCAACAGCCCAGAUGUUUCCACUCUUGCCGUCACAGAACAACAGAUGAUUGCAGAUUGCACAUGUAUAAUUGAUAUGACAAUUUACGUCCAUUCUUGUAUAAUUAUCAUACAAUUGUUUUUAUGACGUCCUAUAAAUUGACCUCUAAUUAACACAAAAAGAAUGUUCCAGGUUUAGUACAAAUUAAUCUUGAACAAAAGCAUUUUUUGUUAUAAUUUACAGAUAGUGAUUGUAAGUUUUUCCUCAGUAUGUUAAGGAAAAAUUUACUUGACUAAGUAACUUCAAGUAUGGCUUUCAUAUUACGUUUUAUUAUGGAUGGUUUUUUUUUCUGGGGUUAUUUUUCAUUUUUAUUAACAAUACUGAUCAAAUCGGUUCUUUGAUUAUAUGAUUUUUUUAUGCCAAAGUCUACACUUGUAUUUCUUCUUACAUGAAUAUUUAAUAUAAAAUUUGCUUUAAAAUGUCUUAAUACCAAUGAACAGGACAUUUGUUUUGUAAGAUCCUUUGCUGCACAUUUGUAUUUAAAACUUACUUGACAAUGUUUCUGUUUAUCAAAUAAACAUGUGACUGUGCGGAUGACUCUUCAUGUGUCACUCACUGACCGCUGAUGAAGAAAAAUAAUGAAAAAACCUGUGGCAGGCUGCAUGCUGG